AUGAAUUCGUCAUCGCAAUUUUAAAUCUUUAAAAAAUCCAAGCAAACGCAUUCCCUCCAUCCACCUAGAAACAGAAGGGGAAAGCAACCGCCGCACCCACUUCUCCUCCAUCCUCUCGAUUCUCUCUCCCUCGCGUCCCGCCACCGCCACCGCCGUCCACCGUGGGAUCCAAGAAACGGGUUCCUCGCGCGCUCAUGUCGUCUUCUUCCUUCGGAUGCCAAUGUCUCGCCAUGCCCAUGCCAGCCACCGUCCUCAGCUCUUCCUUGUGACAAGAACGAGCCUUCUCUUCCUCGUCGUCCUCGCCGGCUUCGUCCUCGACGUGUCCUCUGCAUCGCGGCAGUUCUCCACGGUGGCCAUCUCCCAUGCGCCGAAAGCCACCCUCGUCUGCGCGCUCGUCCUCACCGGCGAUGCGUCCGCCUCCGGCUCCAAUUCCAAGCUGCACUGCACUUCGUUGCCCGACGGAGGGCAAUUCGUCUACCCUUCCGCCGACAUCCCCUACAACGCAAUCGCCGCCGGUACCGACUUCCUCUGCGGACUCAUGGCCCCCAUCGGUGGACACGCCGCCAUGCGCUGGUGGUCCUUCUCCGAGGAGGCCGCUGCGAACAGGUCCCGCCCCGUCGGCCGCCGCCUCUACUGGGGCCCUUCCCUCCGCGCGCUCUCCGCUGGCGGCCCCCACGCCUGCGGCCUCUCCGACGCUCACGACCCCACCUGCUGGGAGUGGCCGAACCUCAAGCUCCCCAAAGGUCUCGACUUUUCCCGCAUCGCGCUCGGCCAAGACUUCCUCUGCGGCAUCGUCUCCGGCAACGACACCGCCAUGCACUGCUUCGGCAGCAUGAAGGCGCCGUCACUGCUGCCGACGCCGGCGGCCUUCAAGACAGUUGCCGCAGGCAACCGGCACGCGUGCGCGGUGGACGAGGAGGGCGGCUUCGCCUGUUGGGGCGACGGCGUCCCGGUGGUGCCGGCCUCCGAGCUACCGGACGACAUGUGGGCCAUGGCGCUCGGCCACAACACUACGUGCAUCCUCGACAGCAACGGCAUCGUGCGGUGCUGGGGCGGCGUGCCGGUGCCGGAGCAGUACAAGCACACGGCCUUCGUGGCCAUCGAGGCCGACGGCGACGCCGUCUGCGGCAUCUUGAUGAGCAACUACUCCGUCGCGUGCUGGGGGAGGAGCGAUCACUUCGACAGCGGCCACAUCAUCUACAACGGCACCAUGCCCGGCGCCUGCUCGCCCAAACGGAGCUGCCCCUGCGACAUCAUCCCGGGAUCAGGGGCGCUCUGCGGCAACGGCGGCGGCGAGGGCGGCAUCGAGCUCGCCGUGUGCAACCCUUGCACGCUGCCGCUGAACGCGUCCAGGAUCGUCAUCGCCAACGGGAUGAACGAGAAGGCGGCGGCGUCCGACGGCGACGGUGGCGGUAUGAGGAAGACCUUGGUGGUCGCGUUCAGCGUGGCCGGCGUCGGUGCCGCAGUGCUCGCGGCGGUGGGGACGGCGUUUUACCUCGUGGUGUUCAGGAAGUGGGACAAGAAGGUGCACGUCACCGUGCGGCUCGGCGAGUCCUCGUCGCGGCGGCUGUGCCGUGAUGCGGAGAACAUGGUCAUGCCGGCGCCGCAGGUCUCGCCGCUGCGGCCCGCGCGGGCCCUCGGGUGCGAGGAGUUCACACUCAGGGAUCUGUCGCGCAUGACCAACGGCUUCGCGGAAGAGAGGAAGAUCGGGAAAGGCAGCUUCGGGUCGGUGUACCGCGCGAAGCUCCCCGACGGACGCGACGUCGCCAUCAAGCGGGCUGAGCGCGGAAGCGGGCGCAGGCGGCGGCGCAUCGACGCGGAGCGCGCGUUCCGGGCGGAGCUGCGGCUGCUGUCGCGCGUGAACCACCGCAACUUGGUGCAGCUCCUCGGCUUCUGCGAGGAGCGCGGCGAGCGCAUCCUCUUGUUCGAGUUCAUGCCCCACGGCGCGCUCCACGAUCACCUCCACGGCAGCCGCGCCGGCGCUGGCUACUCCCCGCUGUUCGCGUCGUGGGAGGCGCGGCUCCGCGUGGCGCUGGACGCGGCUCGCGGCAUAGAGUACCUGCAUUGCUACGCCGUGCCGCCCAUCAUCCACCGCGACGUGAAGCCGUCCAACAUCCUCCUCGACGGCGAGUGGACGGCCAAGGUCUCCGACUUCGGCCUGUCGCUCGCCAGCGGCGGCGGCGCGGCGCAGGCUGCCUGCUCGACGUCGGCCACGGCCGGCACAGUCGGGUACAUGGACCCGGAGUACUACAGGCUGCAGGAGCUCACCGAGAGGAGCGACGUGUACAGCUUCGGCGUCGUGCUGCUGGAGGUGGUCACCGGCCGGAAGGCCAUCCACCGGACGAGCGAGGACGGCAGCGGAUCGCCCCGGAACGUCAUCGAAUUCGCUGUGCCGGCCGUCGAGACGGGCAACAUCACCAACAUCCUCGACGGCCGCGUACCCCCGCCGCGCGGCCACGAGGUCGAGGCGGUGGCGCGCGUCGCCAAGAUCGCCUCCGAGUGCGUCCGGCCGCGCGGGCGCGCCCGGCCGAUCAUGUCCGAGGUCGUGGCCGAGCUCGAGUGGGCUGUCACGCUCUGCGAGGAGUCCGUGACCGCCGCCAACGCCGGGCAGCACAGCUCCCGGCACGGCGGCUCCGACAUGUCGCGCUCGCACUCACGCUCCGAGUCCGACGACCCGAGCCCGUUCCACACCCGCGAGCUUGGGUUUGGGUUUGGGUUUGGGCCGGGCCGGGCCGCAACGCAUGGCAGGUCUCACUCAACAAUGUAAAAUCAUUUUUAUUUUUUCUUUUCUUUUUUCACGGUUGGUAUAGUUAGCUAGGCUUAAUUAGUUGCUGUCCAUAAACAUUUUUAAAAGGAAAACAUGUUUAUCAUGUUGUCGAUUGUUAUAAUUCAAAUUUUUUAUUUGGAGAGAGAGAGAGAGAGAGAGAGAGAGAGAGAGAGAGAGAGAGAGAGAGAGAGAGAGAGAGAGAGAGAGAGAGAGAGAGAGAGAGAGAGAGAUCAGUGUUUGACAAGAUCUGACAUGUAGAGCUUGACAGAGAAGAAGAUUGGAGCUGAUUUUUGGUUUUUA